AAGAAUUCAGACGAUGUGAUGUUUCUCAAAGUCUGACAUCAUGGCCGCUGAACCUGAUGUGUCACGGAAGCGUAGCAAUAGUUUUGACACGUUACCACCUAACAUGACUGAGCUGACGGUGGUUCUCCUCGGGAACAGCUGGUUUCAGAGGAGCUCUGUGGGAAACCUGUUGCUGAAUGAGACAAAGUUUGACGCAAAGAAAGAAUCUGAAAGUCCUGAGAGACAAAGUGGAGAACUUCAAGAGAAGAAAAUAUCUGUCAUUAAUUCCCCAGACCUGUUCAAGCCCGGCCUUUCUGAAGUCCAACUCACAGAGCUGGUCAAACAGAUAGCUGAUGCCUGUGACUCUGGUCCUCAUCUGUUCCUGCUGAUUCUACAGCCUGAAGACUUCACUGAGAAACACAAAACCAUACUAGAGUCAGUCCUGAGGAGCUUCAGUGACCAGGCCUAUGACCACUCUCUAGUCCUGAUGUCCACGCUCAGAGACAAGACUCUAGGCGACAUAGAGAAGUACAUGGACGAGCCACAUUUAAGUGACAUGAUCAUCAAAUGCAGAUAUGAAUAUCUUUGGAUAAAUAUUACUGAUGUAGACAAAAAACUAAACUUCAAUCAUAAAAACUUGUUAACAAGAAUAAUCAAAAUAGUGAAAGAACAGAAUGUACAACCUCUGCGCUAUGAACCAUCCAAGGACCCUGAGCCUGCGCCGCUGGCACCCACUGUGAAGUCACUCGUUGCAAGAGUAAAAAAGGCCGCCUUCACUAUUAUGCUGUUUGGAAAAAGUGAUAACAAAAUGACCAAGUUCUCAAACUUCAUUACUGGUCAUACUGAUGCAAAAAACAGUGUAAAAAACGCUGGGUGGUGGAGAGGGUACCAGCUGACAGUAGUGAGGACCCCAGGCCUGUCCAGUCUCUCUGUGAAGAAUGUGGGAGAAGAAAUGCAGAGAUGUGUGUCUUUGUGUUCUCCAGCACCCAAUGUCCUGCUGCUGUUAGUGAAACCUUCUAACUUCACUGAAAGUGACAGAAACAAACUUAAGUCCAUUAUAAACUGUUUUGGUCCAGAUGCUUUUAAACACUCCAUGGUUAUUCUCACUCACAAAGACAAUGAUAAGAACACAUGCGUUGAAGGUCUCAUUGGUGACUGUGAAGGAAAACAAUAUAAUAUGUCAGAAAAAAAUCUUAAUCAAUUAUUGGGAAAGAUUCAGCACUUUGUAGAUAAGGACAAGUCAUUCCUCACCUUCACUGAAACGAAGAGACCAGCUCUGAACCUGGUGCUGUGUGGGAGAUCCAGAGCAUGGAAGACCUCAGUAUCUCAGGCCAUUUUAGGGCAAGCAGAUGUCCCUGCAGCCAGCAGCUCAGGGCAGUGUGUUAAACAUGAGUUGGAGGUGUGUGGGCGUGUGGUAUCUCUAGUGGAACUGCCAGCUCUGUCUGGAAAACCUCCAGAGGUAGUGAUGCAGCAGUGCCUCCACUACAUCUCCCUCUGUGCUCCGGAGGGAGUCCAUGUCUUCAUCCUGGUCCUACCUGUGGGUCCCCUCACUGACGAAGACAAGGUUGAACUGAAGAUGAUCCAGGACACACUCAGCCCUCGCUCCCAGCUCUUCUCGAUGGUUCUGUUUGCUGUGGACUCAACUGAUCCAGCUGUGGUCAACUUUGUGACAGGAGACAGUGACGUUCAGAAGUUGUAUGAGCCUUGUGAAGGACGAUACUUCAUCUUCAACACCAGGGAGCAGCAGCAAGUCUCUAAGCUCUUGGAUCAUGCAGAGGCUCUAAGGGCCAAGAAUGCACCAAAUGCAUUCACGACUGAGACACUGGUGCAAGGCCAGUUUGAGAAGGUAAUGACCCAACAACAGGAGAUACAGGAUUUGAGGUCCAGGAACAUUUUCACAAGCAAAAAUAACCAGCACUCUGACUGCAUAAGGAUUGUGCUAAUAGGAAAAACUGGCUGUGGAAAAAGCUCUUCGGGGAACACCAUUCUGGGAGGGAAAAAGUUUAAUGUUGAACUUAGUCGAAAUUCAGUCACUAAACGAUGCCAAAAAGUCAGUGCACAGGUUGAUGGACGUUGUGUUGCGGUGGUGGACACUCCUGGAUUAUUUGAUACAAACUUGCUUCAUGAGGAGAUCAAUAGGGAAAUGGUGAAAUGCAUCAGUCUGCUGGCUCCUGGACCACACGUCUUUCUGUUAGUCAUAAAAAUUGACCGAUUUACAGCAGAAGAGAGAGAAGCAAUACAGCUUAUAAAGAAAGGCUUUGGGGAAGAUGCUGAUCAGUUUACAAUUAUUCUUUUCACUCAUGGUGAUAAAUUGGAAAAACAUGAUAUGUCCAUUGAAAAGUACAUAAAGGGAGAAGAUUACGAUUCCUUUAAUCAGCUGCUCUCUGAGUGUGGGAACAGGUACCACGUGUUUAACAACUGGAACGAGACAAACCACAGUCAGGUCAGUGAGUUGCUUCAGAAGAUCGACAUCAUGGUGAAGGAGAACGGAGGAAGCUACUACACCAACAACAUGCUGAAAAAGGCUGAGGCUGCCAUCAACAAAGAAACAGAGAGACUGCUCCAAGAAAAGGACCAAGAGAUGAGAAAAGAGAGGGAGGAGAUAGAAAGAAAAUAUAAACAGGCUAUGGAAGAAUUAAAACUGAAAUUGGAGAAACAAAAGGAAGACUCUGAAAUGGAGAAAUUACAAAGAGAACAACUCGAGGGAAAGAUUAAAGAGGCGAAAGAGCAACAGAUGAGAGAGCAAGAAAGAAGAGAAGAGGAGGAGAGAAAGAGGAGGGAACAAGAUGAGUUAAAGCGUCAGGAAUUGGAACAGAGAUAUAAAGAACAGGAGGAAAGAAUAAAAUUAGAAGAAAAGUCAAACAAAACAAUUGAAUUCAAACUCCAGGAGAACAGAAGGCAGAUAGAAAAGGAGAAAGAGCAGUGGGAAAAAGAAAAGAAAGAAUGGUGGGAACAACGACAUUUGGAAGACGAAGAGAGACGACAAGCAGAACGGCUAAAACAGAAAGAAUAUGAUCACGAAAGAGAGGAGUUAAAUAAACGACUGGAAAAAGAACAACUCAUGCGUGAACAACAGGAGAAAAAGAUGAAGGAGUUACAGGACGAGUAUCAAAGAAAACUAGAAGAAAUGGAGAAGGAAAAGGAUCAGUACAAAGAGGAGGCCAGAACAAAAGCUGAAGAAUUCAAUGACUUUCAAGAGAAACUCAACAGUGAGUUAGAGGAGCGUAAGCAGGAGUAUCAGCAAAGUAUCAAAGAUAAGGAUGAAAAAUACGACCUGUUAAAGGCACUUGCUGCUCACAAAGAGAGACAAAAGAUGGAGGAGCAUAAGAAAGAAAUCAGUGAUAUAGUGACAUGUGUGUCCAGAAACAAAGAUAAUGUGAAAAAGAUACACGAUUUACUGACAAAACAUGAAAAUCAAUGUGUGCUAGAGGAAGAGGGAAAAGAUGCACUGCUAAUAGAGCAAAAGAAAGAAUUAGAAGACCUGAUACAGGGUCUUCUGAAGGAAAAGGAAAACUCCUUCAGAAGAUCCUGUGUGAUUUUAUAAACAAUUUUCUUAAAGAAUAUUCUGAGGCCAAAUCAUACUUCAUGAGAAGCAAGAAGGUUGUUCUUGUUCUGGCGGCACAGUGGCAGAGUGGCUAGCACUCUCGCUUCACAGCAAAGUAAGUUCCCAGCUUGAUUCCUUUCUGUGUGGCAUUUGCAUAUUCUUCCUGUGUCUGGAAGGGUUUCCUCCAGACACUCUGGUUUCCCCCAUCAACCUAAAACUUGCACGAUAGGUCAAAUCCUCCAGCUAAGGUUGUGACCAAGAUCUGAAGGUGGGUCCCUGGCUACUGUACGACAGAAGCACAUUGCUUCUGACAUCCUUCAACA